AUGAUUCUGCGGCCCUCGAGAAAACUCGCUGGGCCAAUGUAUCGUCGAAAGUCCGGCCUCAUUGCGGCUCUGCUCACCCUCUUUCUCUUCCUCCUCUUCCUGCAAACCCGCGUUCACCAUGAACCUGCUGAGCCUCUUCCACCUGCCCGCCCCAAGUCUGCCCCCGAAUCUGUGUCUCUCACGGAGCCCGAGCCAAAACCGCCAGCCAAGACUAAGAAUCCCCUCCUCGACAGCCAGGCCGCGUUCUGGCGAAGCCUCUAUCUGAUCAUUCUGAACAACGACCCCAAUUGCAGGAAUGCUCCCGAUCUUGUCGUGCCACAGAAGCUCGAUAUUGGCUUUGAUCCCACCCACAAUCAUCCCCGACCUGACAUCUUGUACAUGGAUACCGCCGACAUCAAGCGCAUGCGUGAAGCCCAUUCCAACUUUGUCAAUGACUUGAAAAGCGACCCUCCGAAAAUACCAUAUGAGCCGGGUACUCGUGGCAUUGUUAUGACUGGAGGCUUCAACCAGCUCCCCGUCCUGGUCAUCUCUGUCCGCAUGCUACGCCGAGCGAAGUCUGAGUUACCGGUGGAGGUUUUUGUUGCCGAUCGGUUUGAAUGGGACGAGCAUGUCUGCAAUGUUAUCCUACCGGCUCUCAAUGCCAAAUGUCUUCUAUUUUCCGACAUCUUUCAUGCCGCCAACGCUGGUGUAUCAGUGGAUCGAUUUCAGUACAAAGCCUUGGCCGUCCUAUUCUCCUCAUUUGAGGACGUCCUGUUGCUUGACUCUGACGCCUUUCCAGUCCACAAUCCUCUUCCACUAUUUCAGGAGGAGCCGUUCAAGAGCAAUGGAUUGGUCGUCUGGCCGGAUUUCUGGUACGCCUCGGAAUCUCCCUACUAUUUCGAGAUCGCCAAAAUCGACAGGAUUCCCUCGUUAAACGAGCGGGCUGCCGUCGAAUCGGGUGAAGUCAUGUACUCUAAAUCCAAACAUCAGUUGUCGCUCCUCCUCGCGGCAUAUUACAACUAUUACGGGCCUACCUAUUACUAUCCCCUGCUCUCCCAAGGUGCACCCGGCGAGGGCGAUAAGGAGACGUUUGCUUGGGCAGCUACUGCUCUCAAAGAGCCUUUCUACGCCGUCCACCAACGGGUUAUGGCUCUCGGCCGGCACGACUCCUCUGGCAACUACCUUGGUAGUGCUAUGGCUCAGCACGACCCUGUCGCUGAUUAUGCAUUCACGAAUGCCUAUGGCCCUCCCCACGAGCGAGUUCAAGAUAUUGAUACUGGCAAGGACAACCAUUUUGAUAUCCAAGCCAGCGAUAUCAGACCUUUUUUCAUCCACGCCAACUUCCCCAAAUUUGAUCCGGCAACUAUCUUUGAAUAUCAAAUGACAGAUUUUUCGGGCGAAGUAUCCGGCGUUGGGGGACCGACUCGAGACACAAACGGCACGAAUGUCCGUUGCUGGAUGGACAAAGCUCGUGCUAUCGAGUUGUUCGGGUUUGACGUGGAACGCAGGUUCUGGGAAGAGAUCAAAAGCACGGCUUGCGAAUAUGAGCACCAAUUUGGCGCAUGGCAAGGCAAACGGGGAAUCUGCGAGAAGACUGAGAAGUAUUGGAACGACGUGUUUGGUUCAGAUGCUGUCCUCGAAGAUCGGCAGAAUUUGGGGGUCUCAGUUGAAAAGCCCGCGCCGCCUUGA